AGAAACGUCAAAAUAAAAACACGCGAGUUUCGUUCUGUGGUGGCGAACGCAUUGCUCAUUCCUUUCGGCGGUUGUUACAAUAAUAUGGAAAUUUCCUUGAUAAUUUCAGUGAUAAAUCGCUUCUAGUUUAUAAAACUAAUCAAAAAUCUUUCGAUAGCUGGCAAACACCAUGGUGAAAGCAAUCAACGGCACAACGCCGCUCAAGAAGGGACUUAAAACAGUGCUGAAAAAGUUCCGCGAUCAUACCAAAAACCCGGAGGUUUUUCUAACAGCCCAAACGACGCGAGCAGAGAAAAUCAAGGCACUGGUGAAAUCACUGUAUGAUCAUGGACAAGAACUCGAACAUCUCGAGUACAGCAAACCUUAUCUCGACGAGCUUGUGGUGGAAGAGAUGGACGAGGAACAAAUCUGGCAGCAGCUGGAGCUGAAAAAUGAACACAUUUUGGGUAGCGAUCUCCCGAAGACAUCCAAGUUGCUCUCGGCGAGCGAGAAGCGACUGCAGUUGCCUUUCCGGACGGACAAUGGCGAAAAUGGAGAUGAACUGGAUGACCAAUCCGAAGAUGAUGCGAUGGAAAGCGAGGGCGAGCUGGAGGAACAGGACGAAGAGACUCCCAAGCAGAAGAAAAAGGCUAAACUGUCCGGGGAGAUGAAAAAGAAAAAGAAGAAAUCCAUCGUAGAUGACGAGUUCUUCAAACUGGAAGAUAUGGCUCGGUUCUUAGACGACGAAGAUGCCCGCGAAAUGAGGCGACAGGCUGGCAAACCGGAGAAAAACCCGUUGAUCGAAAUCGACUACUUCAGUGAAAACGUCGGAAAGGACGAAGACAGCGACAGUGAGGACAUGAAGUACGCUGAUUUCUUCGAAGACGAUGACGAGGAAGGGGACGAGGAAGACGACGAUGAAUUAUCCGAUGGUCAAGAAGAUGAGCAGAGUGAUGAGGGUGAAGAAGACCAAGAUGAACAGGACGAUGAUAUGGAGAGCGAAGACGAUGGUUCUAAAGCUGACGGAGAUGGAGAAAAGGAAGACGAUGAGGACUCCGAAGAUGAAAUGGAACGCAAUCGGCGGUUACGAUUUGAACUAUACAACAGCUCCGGAGAUUUCCUGCCUGGAAACUAUAGCUCUAAGCCGGAUGUUUCGCUAUCUAAACCGGAAGAAGACGACGAGGAAGAGAAUGAAGAUGAAGAAACAAAAGAAAAUCAUGAAGAAAGAGAAGAAAAAGAAGAAGAAGAAGAGAAGGAUGAAGGUCCCAAAUCAUCUUUCGAGUUGAGGCAACAAAAGUUACAGCAAAAAAUCCAGAAAAUGGAAAGUCAAAUGCUACAGGCCAAGCCAUGGCAACUGAAGGGUGAAAUUUCGGCAGACACUCGACCGCAAAAUUCCCUGCUAGAAGAAGUGCUGGAGUUUGAAUCGACCACUCGUCCUGCGCCAAUAGUUACCGAGGAAACCACGAUGCGUCUCGAGGACAUCAUCAAGCAGCGGAUAAAGAACAAAGCCUACGACGACGUGGAACGUAAGAUUCGGCCACCGGACAAUCCUCGCGAAUACCGCAAACAGCUGGUACUCGACUCGGAAAAGAGCAAGGAAUCAUUGGCUCAAAUCUACGAGAAGGACUAUCUCAAGCAGCUGAAGGAUGCCAAUCCUGACGCACAGGAAGCGGAAGAGGAGGAACCAAAAGAGCACAAGGAGAUACGUAACAUGAUGAAAACUCUCCUCGCGCAAUUAGAUGCUCUGUCGAACUUCCAUUACACUCCGCGUCCAGCAGUGCCUGAUCUUAAAAUCAUUACCAACACCCCAGCCAUCAAUAUGGAAGAAGUUGCUCCGGUGGCCACGAGUAGCGCCACACUUCUUGCACCGGAAGAGGUGCACAAUCGACCGAAAGGUGACGUUAUGGCCAAAGGGGAACGCACUAAAACCGACAAGAAUCGCGAGCGGCGGUUGAAAAAGCGCUUCCAGCGGGAAAAGUUCCAACGACAGGCGGAAAAGGAACAGAAACAGCUGGAGAAGGGUUACAAACCGAAGGGCAAGGACCUGCAGGAGAAGCUACUGAAGAAAGUGUCCCAAGCGAAGAACGUCAGCACCAUGGCGGAAACCAAGGGACCAGCCAAGUCAUCGACCGCAUUCUUCUCGCAGCUGCAGGAUGAAGUCAGCUCCCAGAUCAAGAGCAAAACGGAUGCCGGUCGGAAAAAGAACAAGAAGAACGGUGCCAAUGCUGGGAUGCAAGCCACACACAUCAAGUUGUAGGUUAUGUAAGUACAAUGCUACCAGUUAUAUAGUAAGAUGAUUAUUACAUUACCGUGUGUGUUAAUUCUGA